AUGCAUGAUAAAAGUACUGUUUACUUACAUGAUCGUUUUCUUCUAAGACGUACACCAAUGCAAUUAGAUCAACGAUCUCUAUGUCCACCAUGGAGAUAUACGCAAAUUCCUGUUGAACUUUUUGAUUUAAUGACUGCACCACCAUGUAUGUCAGUUCGUCUUUAUCGUCUUCAUUAUGAAAUUUUACAAUUUUAUCAAUUUAUGAUUCCAACAGAAGAAGAACAUGCUGUACGACAGCAAGUUAUUAAUCGUAUAACUAAUGUAAUUAAUCAAUAUUUACCUACAGCUUCUGUUGAUAUUUAUGGAAGUUAUAAAACUGGAUUAUAUUUACCAAUGAGUGAUAUUGAUUUAAUGGUUCAUUCAAAAGAUGGUCGUCAAUGGACACCAGAAGAAUUAGAAGCAUUAAUGUUAGUUUUACGUGAAGCAUUUUGUCGUCAUCGUAUUUGUACUCAAGAAGGUAUUCAAUUAUUAAAUGGUGCAACUGUACCAAUUAUUAAAUUAACUGAUCGUAAAACUGAUGUUAAAAUUGACAUGAGUUUUAAUAUGAAUAAUGGACUUCGAAGUGCACAACUUGUUCUUCGUUAUAUGGAAGAUUAUCCGUAUUUGAAAUAUCUUGUCUAUGUAUUAAAACAGUAUUUAAUUCAACUUAAUCUCAAUGAGGUGUGGACUGGUGGUAUUAGUAGUUAUUCAAUUACUCUUAUGCUAAUUUAUUAUAAAAAAGAUCAAUAUUCACUUUGCUCACCAUUUUUAUCUUCAUCAUUUUUAUCUGGUUUAUCAACAUCUUCAACAAUAACAACGAAAACGACAUCAACAUUAUCAACAUCAUCUAUAAAAACUAAUAGUACAACUGGUACAACAGAUGAUUUUUCGUCAUCAACAUCCUAUCCAUCAUCAUCUGCAGCUUCAUGUAUAUCAUCCGAUGAUAAUAAUAGUUCGAGUAAUAAUAAUAGUGAUAUUGAUGAUGAUCAUUUUAAUAAUAAUAAUAACAAUCAUACAAUAAAUAAUACAAUUGAGCAUGUUAGUCUUGGACAUAUGCUUAUUAGUUUUCUUGAAUUAUAUGGUGUUUAUUUUAAUUAUGCGAAAUUGGGUAUACGUGUACAAACAGCAUAUCAACCAGAUCGUCCAGCUGGUUUUAUUGAUAAAGAAGAAUUAUUUAAAAAUUUUUGUUGUGGACAUCGUACAAUAAAUAAUUUAUGUAUUGUCGAUCCAUUCAAUGAUAAAAAUGAUAUAAGUAAAGCUUCAUGGUUAACACCAAAAUUAAAUUCAGCAUUUCGUGAAGCAUAUGAUAAAUUAUUACAAAGUGUUUCUGAUCAAAAUACAACAUUAAAGAAUGCACCAUCUAUUCUUUCAAAAAUUAUUACUGUAAGUGAAAAUACAUUGGCAUAUCGAAAAAAAUUAUGUAUGAUCUAUCGUGAUUAUCAAAAUGAACAACGAACAGUCAAAUAUAUUCAAUAUGGCCGAUUGAAUUAUGCUCCAAUGGAUAAGCCAUUAAUCCAAUAUUCUAAUGAAAAUUCACUAAAGUAUCCAUACCAUAUAUGUUAUCAACAACAGUUUUUGUCAUCACACAAUUUGCUUAAUCGACCACAAUCGCAGCGAACGAGUCAUUCGAAAACUAUUAUUGGUGAUGAUCAUCGAAACACUCAAGAAUAA